AUGUUAAGUUCAGCUUCAAGCGCAUUCAACAAAUUGGACGCAGACAAUAAUUACAUGGAGCUUUAUUUGAAUAAUAGCAAAAGAUUGAUGGGCAGCAAAGAAAGUAAUAGUAGUGCAUCACCUCCAAGCUACGCUGUAUUCGAAGAUGAACAUGGUAAUCUGGUCAAUCGAGUCCACAAUGUGAUUUGGCCAGCACGUCCGCAUAGGGGACGCUAUUCACUUAAGGAAUAUAAUGAGCAAAAACAGCGUCUGAGAAAGCAUGUCGAGCAACGGCAACUAAAUAAGAAAUGUAAGAAACGCGCCAAACAAUCAGAAAGACAGCCUGAUGUGUCAUAUGCCCAUGCGUCAGAGCAAACAAACGACAGCAACAAUAUUUAUAUCGGUGUUCAAUCGGCAACCAGCUUGCGCUCCAUCUUGCAGCCAACAGAAUUUCGACUCUUUUAUAUUCGGCCGGAAUCAAUGAAUACAUUCGAUCAGAUGCCAGUCAAAAUGCCAUUGAUGUUAGCGUAUAUGAGUUCAUCUGGAAAAAUGUACCAUUUCAGUUUUAAAAGACAUGAGUACACUUCUGGGAUAUUUUGGCAAUUGGAUUUGAGUGGUAUUCAGGGUCCUAAGCAACCAAUGUUUCGUUCGAUUUCAGCACUGAUACAACAUUAUAAAUCGUUUAUUAUUGACCGUGGCGAUGGCAAAUCGGAAAUAUUUCCAGUGGAUUAA